GCCAACAAUGACUCGACGCUGUCAACCAAUCACGACUGCGUAAAAGCUCCCGUAUAUCAUACCUUUAUCCGGGGCAUACGACACCGGAAUGUCGCUGCAGCGUCAACCUAGCAAGUCGGAAAAAAUGAUUACCGUCCAUCUACCACAUUACGACCCACCACCAGAGUGGAUACCACCCGAAGAACGCGACUCUGAUCCCGACUACAGCGGCAACCUGGCCGAUUUCCUUCCGAGAACUAUCGUCCUGAAGCGCCCACAUCCUUCAACUCAAAUCGGAUUCCACAUCCGGGGAGGUAAAGAGUAUCGUUCGGAAAUAUACAUAUCUAAGGUCAUCAGUGACACAGAGGCAGAGAAGUUAGGUUUAAAGAUAGGUGAUCAGAUUCUUGCAGUCAAUGGUGUGAGUUUCGGUUCGUUGGAUCAUCCCGAAGCUGUGAAAAUAUUGAAAUCAACUAGUGAUAUAGAAAUGACACUGAAGUACUACCCGUAUGGCUACCGUAAGACGUUUGCAAGUCGGAAAUUCUCUCGUAGAAGUUCUACCCCCAAUACAAUGUGACCAUCCACUCUCACUCCAAGAAAGCUAAACAGACAGCAUACGCACUCAAAUAAGGCAGUUUUUAACAUAAAAUUUUUGAUUAUGAUUUUACUCACCGUUUGAAUAAGAGACUUGUGUAAGGGUUGAAAUUUUUAUUUUUUGUAUUAAUUAACCUUUGAGAAGGUAUUGAUAUUAAUUACUUAUAUGGUAACAAAACUGUCUGCAAUGUGUGACAUACAAGACGUCAACUACCAC